AUGGCUCGAAUUGAUCUCAUUGAGUUGUUACGUCACAAUCACCGCGUAACCGAUUUGGAGAGGCUGUAUGAAGAGAGCUAUAAUUUAAGGUGUAAACGUUACGUAUGUAUCAAAAAACAGUUAUCAAUCGGUUAUUGGAAAUCAAAACUGAAUAUGAUUGAAAUUAAAGUAAUGCAUGGAAAAUGUUGGUCACUAUUAGGCACAAUUGUAAAUAGUAAAUUACAUUUAUAUCCUGAAGAAGCUCUAUUUCUGAUGCAAUGCUCUAUAUUACAAGUAUUCAAUGAAGAGGAUAAUAUUCCAAUAUCAAUGGAAGAAGCUUAUAAUUUUUGGUUGAAUGAUCAGUUAACAUUAAAACAUGUACAAACUUUUUCUUAUCUGGCUAGAUUAGGAUUUAUUAUACGAAGACAUCAACAACAACAGCAGGAACAGCAACAUGAACGAAUAAAAACAACAGCAGUUGGCAUAAAACGAAAACGGGAUGAAAUGGAUGAACAUAUAUCCAUUUUGAACAUAAAUACUAAUUAUCAUGAAGCGUUUCUUACAAGAAACAACGAUACAAACAAUUCUUCUAGCCAAAUAGAAGAAUCUAUGAACGAUGAAAUGAACGAUAAAAAUGAGCGUCAUUGGUUUGUUGGUUAUGACUAUGAUGAAACGAAUCUGAUAAAUAAUAAAAAACGUUUAAAUUGGUCUAUAGAUGAUUGUAGUUGGACGAAAUCACGUGUACUACCACAUUGGCUACCAAAACAAUUUUAUGAGAAGGUAAUGGAUGUAGAUAUUCCCAUAUGUCAAUAUUUAAAAACAAAGACACAAUUUGAUCUUUUAUAUUCUACUAAUGAUGAACCAUUAAUGAGAUUAUCUGACUGUAAAACACAUCAGACUAUAUGUGAACGUUUAUCAUCAUUUAUUCAUUCUGACACAUUACAAGCACAAGCACAAUCAUCACUACCACGAACUCCUUCUCUAUCGUCAUUAACCUAUGAUAUUUAUUAUCCAAAUAAACAUUUUCGUAAAACAUUGCCCGGCAUACCAGCUUAUCGUUUACUUGUAUUAGAUGGUAAUGAAAAUGACUUAAGUAAUCAAUUAGAUGAAAUUAUGUUUUAUUGUUCAAAUGUAUCAGUUCUCGUUGCACUUGUUCACAAUGGAGAUGUUUGUUUUUAUUGUUUUUCUUCGUUUGAUGCAUCAAAAACAUUAAGAGAUCCACCAAAAAUUUAA